AUGCAUGAGGUGCUGAAACUACGACAUAUUCGAAUUUUGAAAACGUAUUAUGGCUAUACCAAUGGAGUACCGCGAAGAAAGCGAGACGAAUACUACUGCGCACGAUUCGAACAUAUCGGAAACGACGAUAAUAUCGUUAAUAUCAUCAAUCAUCAUCCUUACACUCAUAUAUCUGUUAAAAAAGUACGUGCUGCCCUGGAUAAAAAUAAAGCUGGCGAAGCUGCACCUCGAAAAGCACCAAAGGGAGGAAACAACAUCAGCGCUUCCGUUAGUGCUGAGAGGAGAGAUGCCGGCGACCACGAAUACCGUAGUGAGCUGGAUAUGGGCUACUGCAGUUCUGCUAAUUCAUAUUGUGAGUUUUCAAUUCCUUUCCCGCUCUUCUUUGCUUUACUGACUUCGUUCAGAUGUACAACUCCGCAUGCCUCAGGAGAAACUUGA